UCAAAAAUGAUUAAUUGCGUGGGCGCCAACAAUCUGGGUCGAACUACUUAAGCUCAGUCAUCACCACCUAGACUUUCCUGGGUGGUGUUGGCUCGGUGCCUAGGGAAGGCAUGCGACUGCCUGCAGUGUCGAUUGACGGAUCGGGAAUGCAUAAAUCCGGAUGGAGCAAAAUCGCUGUCGGUGUGUCCGUGCGAGAAUUAUGCAGUAAUUGAUGGCAUAUUGUGGACUUAUCGUUGUGAGCAGCCGUAGUACCUUAGAAGGCAGAAGGUAGGCUGUCGCGCUGCUGAGAUCGUACACGCGGGUUCAAUUAUCGGCCACGCCUACCGCAUGUUGAAGCGGGCGAAAUGCGAGAACACACGCGUAUCCACAGUUUGGUGGUUAAAAUUAAUCUGGUGUUCCCCACUAGGUUGUGCCACAUAUCAUGGUUUUCUCGAAUACAAUCUCAUAAUUACAUCAGGUGUCGUUUCUCUCCUUGACUUAAUUAUUUUCCACUUUUGGUAAAAAAUAAUUUAUUCACGCUAAUUGUUACCCAUCCGAGGAAACCAAUAACCCUUUUGCUAACUUUUUUUUAGGCGGCCACAGUUAUGACCAUCCUGACAUGGUGAAGAGAUGGCUGGACGACAUGCGAGAGUGGCCUGCUGUGAGAGCCCCCGACAUAAUUUUUUACUUGUUGAAUUCCAAGGCAUGCGACCUGCAGGCUGUGAAGAAUUACAGGUCGCUGGAAUCCUACAACUAUCUCCAGAGCGGUUGGGUCGGCAAGUUGUUGGUCCACCGCAUUGACCAGGAGCUUAGCUACGUAAGAGGAGAAGUGUCUCCAUCACAAGCUGUCAGUGGCACCCCCCGUACUGCUUGGAUUUGUGCAAAAAUGUGUGGGGAGGUCAUGACGGCUGGCUGCACAUGUAUGGCUGGAAAAGGUAAAGUGUGUAGCCAUGUCGGAGCCAUAUUGUGGAAAAUUGACAUGGCAGUGUGUCAAGGGUUGAUGACCAAGACAUGCACCGAUCAAACAGCAGCCUGGAACGCAGGCACGAAGCGGAAUGUUCAUCCCGCUGCUCUUGAAAACAUAGACUUUCACAUGCAGCAAGGUGUUGUGGACACUCAACCUGCAAGGCACUCAAGGCCAAUGUUUAUUGUGCCACAAACCAAGCUGGAAAUACAGAAGCAGCAUGAGGAAUCACAAUUUCCUGACCUUUUCACCAUUCCUGGUACACUCCUAUAUGAGACCCUAAAUGCCCCUCCACGGUCACACCGCCACACAGCAGAUGACGUGGUAAAAAUAGUGCAUGGUGACCACUCCGUGGACAAUGCUCCCAAUGGUUGUGCACUGUGCAGCGCGUUUUACUGCAAAUAUGUUGCAUUGUCUACUGGAGCUGCUGCUGCCCUCAGCUCAGAAACUGCUAACCAGUCUUCGCAGCUGUGGCUGUUUGCUCGCAGAGUGCGACUAAGUGCAUCCAAUGUGGCUAAAGUGCCGAAAAAAGAAACCACUUCAGAUGAUGCAGCCUGGGAGGUUUCCCCCAAUGCAUUUCCUUAG